ACUAAUGGCCACUUGCUGCCUUCUGUGAAUCCUGUACACACAGGGAAGGACCAUUUGAAGAUAGCAUACCGGCAAGAGUCAUUGUCUCUCCAAGAGAAAAAGCAUGGAGUCAACACAAGAGGAGCUCGCUCAGCCAAUCCUACUCCCCAAACAAUACUCAUCCUCGCCGGAGCCGGUGAGUUCAGAGCUUGAAGAAGUACUAUCCAACACCGACUUGUCGUAUUCCCGGCGUAUUGGAUCAGCUACUUUGAUUGAACUAAACAUCCUCUUCAGGCUUGCAGGCCCGGCAGUUGUUGUCUACUUGCUCAACAACGUUACAUCCAUGUCCACCCAAAUCUUCUGUGGCCAUCUGGGCAAUCUUGAGCUUGCAGCCUCUGCCCUUGGCAACAAUGGAAUCCAAAUUUUUUCCUAUGGACUAAUGCUUGGGAUGGGAAGUGCAGUGGAGACACUGUGUGGACAAGCCUAUGGUGCCCACAAGUUUGACAUGCUAGGAGUAUAUCUACAAAGAUCGACCAUCCUCCUCACCGCAACCGGUAUCCCACUUACAAUAAUCUACAUAUUCUCUAAGGAUCUACUCCUCUUACUGGGUGAAUCAACAGAGAUAGCCUCAGCAGCUGCAAUUUUCGUGUAUGGUCUAAUCCCACAAAUAUUCGCGUAUGCUACCAAUUUUCCAAUACAAAAGUUCUUGCAAGCACAAAGCAUUGUGUUCCCAAGUGCCUACAUCUCAGCAGCUACCCUCUGUGUCCACCUCUUACUGAGCUGGCUGGCCAUAUACAAGUUGGGUCUGGGGCUGUUAGGGGCAUCACUGGUAUUGAGUUUGUCUUGGUGGAUCAUAGUGGUGGCUCAGUUUGUAUACAUAUUGGUGAGUGAUAGGUGUAAGUAUACUUGGACUGGGUUUAGUCUCCAAGCCUUCUCAGGGCUAUGGGAGUUUUUGAAAUUAUCCACUGCAUCUGCAGUGAUGCUCUGCCUUGAGACUUGGUACUAUCAGAUACUGGUCCUGAUUGCUGGGUUGCUGGAGAAUGCUGAGAUUGCUCUGGAUUCUCUUUCCAUCUGUAUGACGAUCUCUGGAUGGGUGUUCAUGAUUGCAGUGGGUUUCAAUGCAGCAGCAAGUGUAAGGGUCAGCAAUGAGAUUGGGGCUGGACAUCCCAAAUCGGCUUCAUUUGCUGUUUUCGUAGUGACUUCAACCUCCUUUAUCAUAGCCGUGUUUUUGGCCAUCCUUGUGAUGCUGCUGCGGCAUGUUGUGAGCUAUGUGUUCACUAGUGGCACAACCGUUGCGGAUGCAGUUUCAGACCUCGCUCCCUUCCUCGCCGUCUCCAUCGUUCUCAAUGGCAUUCAGCCCGUCUUAUCUGGAGUUGCUGUGGGGUGCGGGUGGCAAGCAUUUGUCGCGUAUGUAAACGUGGGCUGCUACUACGUGGUUGGUAUCCCAUUGGGUGCACUUCUAGGGUUUAAGUUUGAUCUCGGCGUAAAGGGAAUAUGGAGUGGAAUGAUAGGGGGCACAGUCAUGCAGACCCUAAUCCUUUUGUGGGUGACUUAUAGAACAGACUGGAACAAAGAGGUGGAGAAAGCCAAGAGCCGUUUGGAGACGUGGGACACCAACAACUCGGCAUCCUUGGACUGAAGCAGUUGUUUUCACAUGGGUUGCAGACUAGCUCUUCGUUACUAGCUGCCAAAUAUGCAUGGGAUUUGGUCUUCGGCGCAAAAUCCUAAGCCAUAUACCACAAAGUUUGCUGAUGCCAACCCUGACGUCUUCUCCUUUGGAUGACCAUUUCAAAGAGUGCCACGCUUUAGCAAAAUAUAUGCUAUGGUCCAGCCCCAUCAAGAACCAUGUCUAGUCCUCCUCCACAUCCCCAUGAUUUCUCCCAUCAGAUUUUUUAUUAAUAAAUCCAUUCAGAAUUUUGUUUAA